AUGCCCACGGUCCGCAUCGCCGGCGUGCCCGUGAGCUUCCCCUUCACGCCCUACGAGUCGCAGCUCGUGUACAUGGAGAAGGUCAUCACGGCCCUCGAGACGAAGCAGAACGCGCUCCUCGAGAGCCCCACGGGCACGGGCAAGAAGCUCGAGUACGAACUCCCCAACGAUGAGGACGACGAAGCGAACGACGAGGACGACGUCUUGCCCAAGAUCAUCUACUCGUCGCGGACGCAUACGCAGCUCAAGCAGGUCGUGAAGGAGCUCAAGCAGACCGCGUACAAGCCCAAGGUCGCGAUCCUUGGCUCGCGCGAGCACCUCUGCGUCCACCCCGAGAUCUCCAAGAUGCGAGGAACGCAGCAGAACCACUCGUGUCGCCAAGCCGCCAAGCAGAUGCGCUGCAUCUUCAAGUCGGGCUACGACCAGUCCAAGAAGGGCGGCAAUUCUCGCAUCAUGGACAUUGAAGAGCUCGUGACCGUCAACCGCGAGCGACAGAUCUGCCCGUUUUACGCGAGCCGCGACAUGCUCUCCAAGGCCAACGUCAUCUUCAUGCCGUACAACUACCUCGUGGACCCGCCCCUUCGCGCCUCCCUCGGCGUUUCCCUCGAGAACGCCAUCUUGAUCUUUGACGAAGCCCACAACGUCGAGUCAAUUGCGAGCGAGGCGGCGUCGUACAGCCUCUCGACCGAAGACAUUCAAGGCUGCAUCAAGGAGGCACAGGAGUGCCAUCGCAUGAUUGCGACCUCGCGUUAUGUGCCGGAAGAAAGCUCGUUCCUAAGCACGCAGUCGGUGACCACCCUCAUGGAGCUGCUCAUGGAGAUUGAGCGAGGGCUUCUCUCGUUUCCCGUCUCCAAAGAUGGCGGCUGCACCAAGCCGGGCGAGUACAUUUUCGACUUUUUCAAGGGGUUCAACAUCUCGUUCGACACGGCGCCGAUGGUUCUUGGCAUCUCGGAGCAAGUGAUCGAGGCUAUCACGGACGGCGGCAAUGCGAGUAACCCGCGCAACUCGAAGCUCGAGAGCCUUGUCUCGUUCCUCAAGACAAUCUUCCGGGACAAGGACAACCACCACAAGAUGACCAAGCAAUUCCGCGUGCACAUCCAAGAAGAGACGCAAACAUCCCGACGGUACCAGUCGGGGCCCCCUGUCAUGAAGACGAUGCGCUGGUUCCACUAUUGGUGCUUCCAUCCGGGCGUCGCCAUGCAAGAAAUUUACGAUCAAAAGGUGCACAACAUCAUCCUCACGAG